GACGCGCAUCACCGCGAGAGCACGUUGUAUUUGAAAAUCCUCCCUCCAUAUCCUUUGCGCUUCUUCUGUCGUUCUCUAUCCAAUCAUGUCCGAUAGAAUUCAGGUCAGCUGCGAGAAGCAAGGGCGGGAUGACACCGGCAGCUGGUCCACGCGCAUCCUCACCCUCGACAAGCCCACCGGCACGGUCACCAUCAGUCGCCACCACCACCCGAACAACGUCCUCUACCACUCCGUGCGGGUGUCGGCGGUGGAGCAGUGGCCGCACUUUCCUCAAAGCACCAUCGGGGAGGACUUCAACUCCCUUCAAGCAAAACGGACCUUGUACCUGCUCGGUGUGGAGGUACCCGUUCCGCGCUUUUCGCUGAUAUACGAGGUGGAGGAGAAGGCGUCGCAGCCUCUCAGCCCUGCGCCACGCGCCGGCGACGGGGCCUCCGACGCCUCCUCCGCCGCCGCCCCCGCCGCCCCCGCCAUGCCGUACGCGUUUACGGCUGGCAACCCACACAAGAAGAGUCGACCGGUGGAGACCGGCGGGUACGACUCGUGGGUGGUGCGGUUCACCACACAGGGCUCCUAUGACGCGGUGGUGGCCAUGCUGCACCGCAUGCUACAGGUGCGCUUCAACGAGGGACGCAGUGGGGAGGAGUUCGGUGUGACAGGGCUGCUGGCGGGGCCCGCUGUAGUGUCAGUGGGUCUCCUCUGA